CUGUCUGAAGUUGAGCUCUCAGAGCAAACCGAAAGGAGAAGAGCCGAGGGCCCCCGAGAGAACUACACUGCAGCCUGCUGUUUUCUUUUCAACACUUUUCUCAGCUAUUCUGCCACAAGCUCUGGUGCGCUGUCCGCAUGGACAAGAGAAGCUGCUAAGAAAGGAUCAAAUAUGCAAAGCUAACAGAAAACAGAAAUAGCACUUUUGGUUGAAAAACACUGGCUUUGCGCCCCUUUCAAGUGUUUUACUUUUACUUCGUGAUGGGAAGAGUAGAAUCAUCGGAACCAUUGAGACAUAGGUUGGAUUUCACUAGUUGAAGAUGAAAUGAAGAUAAUAGAAGACGACAUGAGAGCAUAUUGUGUAUUUUAUGAAUAUUCAUCAAAACAGACCUUCCACAAAUAGACAUGAACAGGAAUUAGAAAUACUAUAUAUAUUUUUUCCAGAGAGAGAGGCUAAUGGAGAAAUGUUAUUGUUUUUCUCCCCCACUUUCACUCUCUCAAGCCUAUGAAGAAGAAAAAUUUUUAUACAAACGAGAGAACAGGAAGGCUAGGGACUCAAAUUUAACAUCUGAGUCUAUUGUAGAAAGUACUGAGCAUUUCUACUUCAGCAAAAACAAAACAUUGUUCUGAAUAAAUGUUAUGAUUUCAUCAUCAGUGCAAUUUUUUCCUACUCUAGGAAUGGCAUUUUAUCAGAAUGUGAGGGGGAAAGAUUUUUGUGUGAAUUCAGUUAUUUUAAAUUCAAGUUUUGGGAUCUUUUUCCAGUGCUUUUCAGCAAAAAAGAUACUAUGUUUUUUAGUCCCUUGACUUAUGUAAUCAGACUGUGUUUCACAUGGGAAAUGUAGAGACUUUACCUUCCCUUUAGUUUAAUGUGUUAUGCUUUACUGAUGUAGCUGUGCAAAGUACAGACAAGGCACCUGUGUUUCAACUUUUCAGAAAUCCUUUGUUUUGUUUUCAGUACUGUACUUCAGAUAAGCUGAGCAGUGAGUCUAUUUUAUUCUUUUGUUUUUAAGCAAAAAUGCCUUAAGUGUACACUGUUAUAUUAUCUGGAUCAACAUUUGACAUCUGAACACUGUGUUUUGUAAAGAUGUAUGCUUGAAGGGAAGGAACUGCCUAAUGGAUCAUGGCUCUUAUGUUUACAGUACAUAUUUUAUUCCUAGCGUUAGCGAUGUUUGCUCUCUCCACUUUUGAAGAAUCUGUAAGCAAUUACUCUGACUGGGUGACUUUCACAGAAAAUGUGGAUCAAUAUGAGAAACAGAAACUGCAAGAUUUCAGUGCCAACCAGAAGCUGAAAAAAGCGGUUCUUCAUCCAAGCUUAUAUUUUGAUGCUGAUGAUAUCCAAACACUGAGGCAAAAGUCUCGUACAAGCCAUUUACAUCUGUUCAGAGCUAUCAGAGGUGCAGUGACAGUUAUGCUGUCCAACCCAUCAUACUACCUACCUCCACCCAAGCAUGCUGAUUUUGCUGCAAAGUGGAAUGAGAUUUAUGGUAACAAUCUGCCUCCCUUAGCUUUUUAUUGUUUGCUAUGCCCGGAAGAUAAAGCUGCCUUUGAUUUUGUUCUAGAAUACAUGGACAGAAUGGCUGGCUACAAAGACUGGCUGGUUGAGAAUGCUCAUGGAGAUGAAGUGCCACUUGGCCACUCCUUAACAGGUUUUGCCACUGCUUUUGACUUCUUAUAUAGCUCACUGGAUAACAUCAGAAGACAAAAAUAUCUAAAGAAAAUAUGGGUUGUGAGUGAGGAAAUGUACGAAUAUUCAAAAGUCCGCUCAUGGGGAAAGCAACUUCUCCAUAACCACCAAGCCACUAAUAUGCUAGCACUGCUCACAGGCGCCCUGGUUACUGGGGUGGACAAAAAAUCUCAGACAAAUAUUUGGAAACAUGCUGUAGUUGAUGUGAUGGAAAAAACCAUGUUUCUGCUCAAUCACAUCAUAGAUGGUUCUUUGGACGAAGGAGUAGCUUACGGCAGUUACACAGCUAAGUCAGUAACCCAAUAUGUUUUCCUGGCCCAGCGCCAUUUUGGUAUUAAUAACCUAGAAAACAAUUGGCUAAAAAUGCACUUUUGGUUUUAUUAUGCUACACUGUUACCAGGCUAUCAGAGGACUGUGGGCAUAGCAGAUUCUAAUUAUAACUGGUUUUAUGGCCCUGAAAGCCAGCUGGUUUUCCUGGAUACGUUUGUAAUGAAGAAUGGAGCUGGCAAUUGGCUGGCACAACAGAUUAGAAAGCACAGGCCCAAGGAUGGCCCGAUGGUGCCAUCCACCGCACAAAGGUGGAGCACACUUCACACUGAAUACAUCUGGUAUGCUGCAGAACUAACUCCUCAACCUCCCCCUGACUAUGGCACUGCUAAGAUGCAUGUGUUUCCUAACUGGGGGGUUGUUACUUAUGGGGCUGGGUUGCCAAAUACUCAGACCAAUACCUUUGUGUCUUUUAAAUCUGGAAAGCUAGGUGGCCGUGCAGUCUAUGACAUAGUUCACUUUCAGCCAUAUUCCUGGAUUGAUGGAUGGAGGAGUUUCAAUCCAGGGCAUGAACAUCCAGAUCAGAACUCAUUUACUUUUGCCCCCAAUGGACAGGUGUUUGUAUCCGAGGCCCUAUAUGGACCCAAGUUCAGCCACUUGAAUAAUGUACUGGUGUUUGCUCCAUCUCCUACAAGUCAGUGUAAUCAACCUUGGGAGGGACAACUUGGGGAGUGUGCACAGUGGCUUAAGUGGAUUGGUGAUGAGGUUGGAGACUCAGCUGGGGAGAUUAUAACAGCCUCUCAGUAUGGGGAGAUGAUGUUUGUGAGUGGUGAGGCAGCAUCUGCCUACUCUUCUGCAAUGAAACUGAAAAGCGUGUAUCGUACUUUGCUACUCCUAAAUGCUCAGACAUUGCUAGUAGUAGACCAUAUUGAGAAGGAGAAAGACUCUCCCCUCAGCUCUGUCAGUGCCUUCUUUCAUAAUCUUGACAUUGAUUUUAAAUAUAUACCCUAUAAGUUUAUGAACAAAUAUAGUGGAGCCAUGAUGGAUGUGUGGGAUGCUCACUAUAAGAUGUUUUGGUUUGAUCAUCAUGGGAGUAGUCCUGUUGCCAGGAUACAAGAGGCAGAGCAAGCAGCAGAGUUCAAAAAGCGGUGGACUCAGUUCAUAAAUGUUACCUUUCCUAUGAAAACCACUGUUACAAGAAUCGCAUAUGUGUUCUAUGGACCGUAUGUUAAUGUUUCUAACUGCAGGUUCAUAGAUGAUUCCAAAUAUGGAUUUCAAAUUUUUCUAAAUGUCAACAACACUGAAAAUAUUGUCUCCAUUGUGACUGAAUAUGACAGUAUGAGGACAAGGUUCAAUUAUUUGGGAUUUGGUGGCUUUGCCAAGGUAGCUGAUCAAAACAAAGUUAUCAAAUUUGGUCUAGGCACUGAAGCUGUACAAGAACAGAUAACAAAUAAUAGAACAGUUUUCCCAUUUGGAUUCAAAGUGAAUAUAAUAGCAGGAUUAGUUUUGGGCAUUAGUUUGGUUAUACUGGCUUUUCAGUGGCGGUUUUACAUUUCCUUCAGCAAAUUGUUGCGCUGGAUACUAAUUCUGGUUAUCACACUGUGGUUUAUUGAACUGUUGGAUGUAUGGAGCACUUGCACUCAGCCUAUCUGUGCAAAAUGGAGCAGUGACAUCAUAAAUGUAGACCCUGAUACAGGCAAUACAGCCAAACAGUUAGAAGGAAACCCUGUUGUUUUGCCAGAUGUGGUAAUUACCUCACUUCCCAGUUCUGGAGCAGACAUUUUAAAGCAACUUUUUUUUAACAGCAGUGAUUUCAUAUACAUCAGGAUCCCUACAACUUACCUUGAUAUUCCUGAAACUGAAUUUGAAAUUGACUCAUUUGUAGAUGCAUGUGAAUGGAAGGCUUCUGAUAUCCAAAGUGGCCGUUUCCGUCUACUCCGAGGCUGGCUCCAAUCCCUAGUCCAAGACACAAAACUGCAUUUACAAAAUAUUCAUUUACAUGAAGCCAGCAGAAGUAAAUUAGCUCAGCAUUCUACCAUAAGUAAGGACAAAAAGAAAAGAUCCAGAAAGAGAGAGUCUUUGUCAGAACAAAGAAGCAGAACAAGAGGAAAAUUAGACAAAGAUGCUGAAUACGUUAGGGAACUGAGGAGACACCUUGCCUAUUAUCCAAAUGCACGUCCUGUGCUUAGUUUAAAUAGUGGGAGCUGGACAUUAAAGCUUCCUUUCUUUCAAGAAAUCAUAGGUCCCUCAAUGAGGGCAUUGUAUGUAGUAAGGGAUCCUCGGGCAUGGAUCUACUCAAUGUUGUAUAAAAGUAAGCCAAGCCUUUACUCCUUGAAAAAUGUUCCACAGCACUUAGCUAUGCUGUUUAAAAUGGAAGGCGGGAAAGAAAAGUGUGGUUUAAAUUCAGGCUAUGCCUUUGAAUAUGAAUCACUGAGGGAAGAACUCUUGGAUUCUAGGUCAAAUGCAGUUUCCGUGCUGUCCCAUUUGUGGCUAGCAAACACAGCAGCAGCGCUGCGAGUAAAUGGGGAUCUGCUGCAGACAAAUUAUCAGCUGGUCAAGUUUGAAGAUAUUGUGAGCUCUCCUCAGAAGACAGCUGAAGCAAUUUAUGCUUUCCUUGGUAUUCCUCUGUCUCCUGCUAGCUUAAACCAAAUAUUGUUUGCCACCUCCACCAAUCUUUUCUACCUUCCUUAUGAAGGUGAAAUAUCACCAACUAGUAUUCAUGCCUGGGAACAAAAUAUGCCUAUUGAGGAAAUUAGACUGAUUGAGGACAUCUGCUGUACCUUGAUGGACCACUUAGGAUACCCAAAGUUUACAGUUUAAAUGCUGCAGGUCAGCAGUAGUUUGCACUAAUGAUCCCCAACUCCUCAGUAUGUGAAUAAGAAUUAGAGAGUUUGUUUAUUCUUGUAAAAUGUGUGUACAGUCUGUUACAUGCAGAAAGAUUUAUUUAAAAAAUAGAUAUUUGUUCUAGCAGGAUUUUUAAAAACAAACACUUAUAACUACUUUUGCUGCCUUUCAAAUAAAGCUGUGUUAAUCUUUACAAAUCUACCAGCUGAGGAAUGGAUAGGUCAAGGGAUUGGUAAUAAAUUAUGGAGCCUUGCACUUCCAGGUGAACAAUUUGACUCCAUCCCAAGUGGGUAGUUGCCCAAAGUAGUUACCGUUUGAUGGCUAUUUGGUGGCCUAUAUGAAAUGAGUUGCUGGUCUCAGCCCAGUUCAUAAUGGCAGCGCCUUGGGAUCAGAUUUGCAGUAUAUUCCGGCCACUUGCUACUCCAAUGGGGCAAAGUAGCCAUAAACUCAGUAAAACUGGGGUUUAAAUCUGUUGUUCAUCACUUGAGUUGGUGUACUGGUAAAUCUGGCUCCUUAUUAGCGGUCUCAGCAGACAGGCCAAGGACUGACUAGGCAUAGAAACUGAAUGACAUGUGAUGUGGUUCCAGGUCAGAACGGAAGAACUUUGGUAGGGUUUUAUGAGGACGAGUUCUUCCUGUAACUAUUCUGUAGAUAAAGAGAAGACUUCAGUCUCCAGUUCCAUCAAUCUGGCACCUUCUGUGAGCACUAAAUGAACUUUGGGGAUGGGCAGGAGAGGGAAACCAUCACAAAAAAUCCAUAAAACCCCAUAAAUCUAUCAGUUAAAUAUUAGCUGGGAGGUUUCUGAAGGAUCCUGUGAAACUCUGAUACUGCUUCAUCAUACUAAACUGCCCCUGGAUUUUCAAAGCUGCUAAUGUCCUCGCUACUGAUGCUGCUGCUCUGUGCAGCUCCUCUUGGCUAAGAGAAGCUGAAGGAACUCCCUCUUUUCUCAGUAAGACUCCUCCAUCCUUCUUUGUUUGUUGUAACACACUAUGAAGUCUCUCUUCUUUUUAGCUGACCAUUGUGCAUAACUCUCACUAAUUCCAGUGGCAAAGGUGUAGGAGUUCCUGUCAAUGCAAACAUUUGAUGUCAUCAUCAUCAGUGGUAAUAUAUUAAUAUCAGGUAGGAAUGUAGUGAUUAGAAGAGCCCAGAUAAAUCUCCAGACCUGUGUUUCAUCAGUAUACAUACAUCAGUUACAUCUGUAUACUAGAUUUGCCAUCAACAUCUUAUGGCUGGUCAAGGUUGCUCUUUGCGUUGUCACUUCAAAGAGGUUUCUCUCACCUACUGCAGGCUUGGAUGACAAUUAAUCUUAGUAAUUUCUUUCCAGCAUCUGAUUAUUUUAAAAUAUGAUCCUUGUUUCUUUAAAUCUGCACUGAAAUGUCACAUCAAUUUGGAAAUAAACACCCUUUGUGGGGUGAAUAUUUGCUUUUGGUAAUAUCUUUGUCAUGCUGCUCUUGUGUUUUUCCUUGAGCCAUAUUUUUUUUUCUUUUCAUAAUGUUCUUUUUUUUAAAGAAAAAGACAAUGUUGAAAGUCUCCUAAUUUAUCUUACUCUGCGUUCUUUUAAAAUGCAUACAUACUGUAAACGUCUUCAGUUGUGUAAAUCAAACCAUAGAUGAUGUCAGAGACAUCUGCUUCCUUUACCGUCUGUUUUUUUUUCCAUUACUAAUGAAGUUGUCACGAAAUGUGCUUAGUUUUGUUUGUAGGAGCUGGAAUCAGAGUUUUGUGCUAUUAUAUUGAAAUAUAACAGUAGAGUAAUUACCAUAUAUUUGGGUGACAAGCAUUAGGCAAUGUCAAGAUGUAAUGAGUUUCUCUCUACAGAUUGCAAUCCUCUUGCUGAUGUUGAAUAUUAACAUCUUGCUGAUGUACUCCCCUUUUUUCCUGCUGUUCCCCCCGCCUCUCCCCCCCCCCCAUGCACACAUACAGAUUUUCUACACCUUCUGCAUCAUUUUGUGAUCUCUUCUUCUGACCUAGAUAAAAGUGACUCUUUCUCAGCCAUUCAUUAUUAUGUCAAAAUGUGCCUCUGGUGUGAUAAAGCUGUUGAUAUGUUGCAGUCUCACUAACCAUAACUUGGCUGUCACUUUCCUUUGAUUAUAAUAGGGACUCAGAGCUGCUUUUUCCCUUCUUCUUUCCUGGGUCUUACCUCUGGCUAGGUAGAAUGUCAUGUUAAAAGAAAUAUUAAAGUUUUUUUAAUGUA